AUGUUUAACCUGGAGCGCCCGUUCACGGAGAGGGGCCGCUUCUUCUCCUCCAUGGAGUACCAGCGGCAGCUGGAGGAGGAGGAGGGGUACCCGCCUCCCGGCGCCAACGGGACCUUCAACGACAGCGGGGCCGGGCCGGGCUGGGGCACGCCGUACCCCCUGCACACCACCGUCACCCUCAUCAGCCUGGCAGGCUUGCUCAUGCUCUUCACCGUCUUCGGCAACGUCCUGGUCAUCAUCGCUGUCUUCACCAGCCGGGCGCUCAAGGCCCCCCAGAACCUCUUCCUGGUCUCCUUAGCUUCGGCUGACAUCCUGGUGGCCACGCUGGUUAUCCCCUUCUCCCUGGCAAACGAGGUGAUGGGGUACUGGUACUUCGGCAAAGUCUGGUGUGAGAUCUACCUGGCCUUGGAUGUGCUGUUCUGCACCUCCUCCAUCGUACACUUGUGUGCCAUCAGCCUGGACCGUUACUGGUCUAUCACGCAAGCCAUCGAGUACAACCUCAAGCGUACCCCGCGCCGCAUCAAGUGCAUCAUCUUCAUUGUCUGGGUCAUCUCAGCUGUCAUCUCUUUCCCACCGCUCAUCUCCAUUGAGAAGAAGAGCGGGCAGCAAGCUGACCAGGGGGUGGCAGGGUGCAAGAUCAACGAUGAGAAGUGGUACAUCAUCUCUUCUAGCAUCGGCUCCUUCUUUGCCCCCUGCCUCAUCAUGAUCCUGGUCUACAUGCGCAUCUACCAGAUAGCUAAGAGGCGAACCAGGGUACCGCCGAACAAGCGGGCAGAACGUCUUGAGAAGAGGCAGAACGGCUUGGCCGACAAAGAGAACCUGCCAGCCACAGCCCAGCUCAAUGGGGAGAAGGCGGCAGGAGGCGGCGGUGAGCAGGAGGGAGAGGUCAACGGCAUAGACAUGGAGGAGACCUCUUCCUCCGAGCACCAGGAGAACAACCAGUGUAAGAAGUCAGAGAGACCGUCAAGGGGAAAGACCAAGACGAAGCUGAGCCAGAUUAAGCCCGGGGACAGUUUGCCGAGGAAGGCAGAGGAGGAGAGGAACACCAAAGGGUCCCGGUGGAGGGGCAGGCAGAACCGGGAGAAGCGCUUCACCUUUGUGCUAGCGGUGGUGAUUGGGGUCUUUGUCAUCUGCUGGUUCCCUUUCUUCUUCACCUACACGCUGACGGCCGUCUGCAAGAGCUGCUCCGUGCCUGACACCCUCUUCAAGUUCUUCUUCUGGUUCGGUUACUGCAAUAGCUCCUUGAACCCCGUCAUUUAUACCAUUUUCAACCAUGACUUCAGACGGGCCUUCAAAAGGAUCCUCUGCAGGAUAGAGAGGAAAAGGAUUGUUUGAAGGACCCUUUGCUAUGGGCAGGACUAAUUCAAGACUUUGUAGGAGACUAAGGCAUGGCUCUCUUGGGCUGUGCUUGCAUGGGAUGGUUUCCUUCAGCUCGCAAGCAGGAAGCCUUUAAAACCCGAGAUAAGCCUACGGAAACACCGGGCAGCAGCAGCAAGGAGAAGCAGGCAAGUGGAAGUCCGAGCUGUGGCAUUCGGCUUUCCAGGGGAGGAUGGCCUUUGACUUGCUUGGUUUAUUUUGUUAGUUUUUUUUUUCUUUUGCCAGAAUCUCUCAGUGGAUAUUUUCAUGACCGCUCAGUUUGACUCUUUAAAGACAAGCAAUGUGCAGCUCCGUGAGAUGAACAACAAAGAGGGAGUAUGCCACCCCAGAGGUGUUGGUUUUUUUAUUUUGUUAUGUCUUUUUUUUCCUGUUGUAUAUGUAAUUAAUUUUAACCCCCUUGUAAAAUACAGUAUUGUAUCCCCGAAUCUGAAUGUCUUAAUUUUUGGAAGGCAAGCAGCUUUGAAACUGUGAAUGCUUUAAUUAUCUUUGACACUUAAAAGUCCCUCUCUU